AUGGACAGCUGUCUGAGAAGUUUGCAAUUAUCAAGUAAUGAAAUUGAAGAAACAAGAAUAUACUCAUGUGCAACAAGGAUAGGAAGAUAUUGAGUUACUAGUGCACUAAAUCCAUCUUAGUUAAACACCAAGAGCCUUACCAAAAGUUAGCUUUUAUAGCCUUAAAGGAUGUUCGCGUCACGACAUGCAGAAGAGUGGUCAUAAGUAGAGCAAUAAUAUAGUUUUUAAAUUGCAUCACAUUAUUUUUAGGUUCUAAUUGAUGAUCGCAAAGUAUUAUUAACAUGUUUUCCAAGUAUCAAAAAUAAUAGCACAAAUCAUAUCAGGUAUAAACUAAAUUUCAAGCACUCGUCAUAUGAGAUUUGAAUAAAGAUGUGUUUGUUCAGACAUAUUUGAAGAAAUGCACAUCACAGUAGGACUAUUCUUAAAAAAUAGCCAUCACUAACAAAUGCAUAAGGAUGAUAGGCAAAUGACUUCUAGUGCUUGAGAGACUAUCAGUACAACUAUUUUAAAAUGAUUUGGAAUAAUAACAAUUAAUCCCUACCAUCAAUUUUUGUGAGGUUCUAAAUACAGUAAGCAACAGUUGGUUUGAUAACCAGUUGUUGUGCAACAUAUGCCUCCUUUUUUAGAUCCUCCCAAUUAUAUUAGGGCUGACAAUAUUUAUUCUAUUAAAAAGUAAGAGACUGAACAAUAAGGUUGCAGUCGCAGUUUCUUGCAUUAUAUAUAAGGCUACAUGCAUCAGCUGUGACAGCAUUGACAGUUCUUCAUAAAUCGCAAGAAUAUUCAAGAAACAGCUGAUAAGAUCAAUAAACACAAACCUGCCCAAUCCUGUUAAAUUAUCGACAUAAAAUUUCUGUCGCAGCUAAUGGUACACAAUUUAAGAAUGGAUUCAAAUGUACUACAAGUGAAUCGAUUAUGUAGAUGUAAAACCCUACAAUACUGA